CUGCGGGCCGCCCGGCAGCCUGGGAUGUGCCCCCUCUGCCCAUCCCACCCCCCCACGCGGUGCCUAACAGGGCUCCAAGCUGGGACACGCUGGCUCCACGGGGACCUUGUCCUCCUCCUGCCUACGGUGGUGACGAUGCUUCUUCUCCGCGCCAGCGCUGGCCCGGCUGUGCCCACCGCCAGCUCCCGGAGCCCGUUCCCUGCCGACUGCAGCCGCCUCCGCAAGAACAGCCCCAGCGGGGUCUACGUCAUCCAGCCGGCCAGGUCCCCUCCGCGCGUGGUCUGGUGUGACAUGGACACCGAAGGCAAGGGCUGGACCGUGGUCCAGAGAAACUCUCAUGACACUGAGCUCACAUGGAAGCAAUCCUGGACCACCUACAAGUACGGCUUUGGGAACGUGCAGAGCGACCACUGGCUGGGCACCGAGUACCUGCACCUGCUGACACAACAGGGCACCUACAAGGUCCGCUUCGUCGUGAGGAACAAGGCCAACAUCACCCAUUAUGCUGAGUAUGACAUCUUCAGGGUGGAGAGUGAAGCCAGCGGGUACCCGCUGAGGCUGGGCCGGUUUUCUGGUGAUGGGGACGACUAUCUGACCGGCUACCACCCCAAAAAGGGGGGCAUCCAUGACAACAUGAAGUUCAGCACGACCGACAAGGACCAGGACCAGUAUGGUGGGAACUGUGCCAGCAGCUACGGGGGCUGGUGGUACGACAGGUGCCAGAACGUCCUGCUCAAUGCCAAAAACCACAUCGUCUGGCCAGGAUUCUGUGACAACGGCGACUGCGCGUCCUCCCUCAUCCUGGUCAAGCCCACAGACAUCUGCUGACCCUGUCGCAGUGCCCGGCACUUGGUGGCAGUGCCCCCGUCCCCAGCUCAGUGCCCCGUUCCCGUGCCCCCCAGCAGCCCCGUGCCAGCCCCCCCUGCCCGUCCCGUGUGCCCGCAGCUCCUCCCCAGCGGGAGCCGGUGGCUCCGGGCUCAGCAGCGACGGCCCCGGGGACACGGCAGCUCCGCCCGGUGCUGCCGGCACUGGGACGUCUGCGCGGGUCUGGGGUCGGUGUCCCCACCCCUGCCCGGGGAGGGGCGCAGUGCAAAUUCCCCCAUGCAAUCCAUGUAUCCCUGCUUUGCUCGGGCCCCGCUCUCUCCCCGGGCCCCGGUGCCCCCCAGCUCUGCUACCCACGGAGGGAGAAACCAGCUGCAAUAAACCCUGGAGCCAGA